AAAGAAUUUGAAACAAUGGAAUCAUUGACUAACUCACCGUUUUGGAAGAAUUUACAAAAACAAAAAGAUCCUAUUGUUGCCAAAAGUACAGCCAUCAAAAUCAAAGAAAGUGAUUCAAUCUUUUACUUCAAGAGCAGUGAAUGGAGACCCAAACUCCGUAGACCAUCUUCGAAAGAUAAGUAUAGGGAGAUUGCAAUGGUUGAGGUUCAAUAUGGCGAUAGCGAAACGAAGGAAGUCUUAGGUAUCCCAGUAUCACACUGUGUUUCUUCUGUUUUUUCCUCUGGAGGGGCGACUUAUAGUCAAUCUUAUACUUGGAAACAAAAAUUGUCGAUUUCCAUUACUCCUCAGUUGUCAAUGAUGGUAGCAGCGAUCGGAGCUUCUUUUAGCGGCUCAAUGGAUGCUGUAGCAUUAAGUUAUAGCUCCACCGGAGGGAUCUCGUGUAAAGCUAAGCCAGGAGGGAAGGUUCAGGUGUUCAGUUCGAUUAAGUAUAGAUUUUUCCCCCUGGCGAGAAAAAGAGACGUGGUAAUUGGCGGAGGGUCGACUGACUUGGAAAGAAGUGAAUGGUCGAGGAUCAAGAGCGAAACUGGUAGUGGGAAAGGGACUUUUGAUAUGUUUGGACCAAUUUUUUUCGAUUUAACAACGAUUCCCCAUCAUCAAUGUGUAACAAAAGUUGAAUAUUUGGAUUGUGACAAUCCACAAAAUGUUUUAGAUAUGGAUGAUAGAACAGUUGAUCCUAGAAAAGGAUUAACAUUUUGACUACGGCAG